UUCACCCUUCGCUCUUAAUAAAAGAAUAACUAACGACACCAGAUUCACAAAUUUUGCAAUAUUGACAGCAUGACAGAUAUUGAAACAUGUUACAUCAGCACUGGGUGUAAUCGCACCCCUCAUUGUGCAGACUGGGGACUAAAUGGGUUAAUAUGUUUCGGAUCAUGUCGUUCUGUAACAGUUUACCAACCAGAGGAGGAAACUAAAUCUGCCAAGAUAUUACAGACACAUGUACUUCAUAAAGACAGAGUAAACUGUGUAACAUGGAUAAAGAAAUUACCAGUGUCAGAGAGCAAUGCUGUUGGUCUGGUAUCUGGUUCUGUAGAUAAUACAGCUAUAGUAUGGAAAUACAUUGAUGGAAAGCUGAAGCCUUCUGCAACACUUAAGAACCACACUGGUCCAGUGAAUGGGGUAGCUGCAAUGUGUCUACAGACCAGUACUGUUGGCAUGACAACGUAUGUAGCAACAUCAUCUGCUGAUUCCACUGUCAACUUAUGGAAGCAAGAAAAUGAAGGAGAUUUCCAGUUACUACAGACUCACAAGUUUGGUACUGGAUUUGUUCUGGAUCUGAGUUUCACUGUUAUACCUAAUACCAAAGUUCCUAUGCUGGCAUGUGGUUGUGAUGAUCAGAAAAUACACAUAUUUAUUGAACAAAAUGAAAAGUUUGUAAGAAUAAUGUCUCUUCAAGGACAUGAAGACUGGAUAAGAGCAAUUGAUUUUACAAUUGAUGAUACAGGAGAUAUUGUAUUGGCCAGUGCAGCACAGGACUUUUUCAUCAGAAUCUGGAGAUUUUCUAGACGAUCUGUAGAAGAUAACAUUGUAAAGACUGUCAAGGAAUUGUCAUUAGAUGAGGAAAUAAAGAUGAGAGAAAAUACAUUUCAAUUUAAAAUUGGAGAUGAAACAGUAGUCUAUGCUGUAAGUCUGGAGUCUGUAUUGAGUGGACAUGAAAACUGGAUCUACAGUGUUAAAUGGCAGCCUCCAGUAAAGACAGGUUCAGGAUGGCACCAGCCUAUGCACCUGUUGUCAGCUUCAAUGGAUAAAACAAUGAUCUUAUGGAAACCAGAUAAAGAAUCAGGAGUUUGGGUUGAAGAGGUCAGGGUAGGUGAGGUUGGUGGAAACACUUUAGGAUUUUAUGGUGGAAUGUUUAGUCCUAAUGGUAUGUCAAUAAUGGCCCAUGGUUACCAAGGAGCCUUUCAUCACUGGUCCUUUACAAAGAGUAAAGGAACUUGGGAACCACAAGUGACAGUUAGUGGUCAUUUUGAUGUAGUUUGUGAUGUAGAGUGGGAUAAAGGUGGUGGUCAGUACCUGGUCAGUCUAAGUGUUGACCAGACAACCAGACUUCAUGCUCCAUGGAAACAGUCUAAGGGAAAGGCAGACUGGUAUGAGAUAGCUCGUCCACAAGUUCAUGGUUACGACCUCCAGUGUUUAGCUCUUAUUAACAGAUAUAAAUUUGCCUCAGGAGCAGAUGAAAAAGUUAUCAGAUCUUUUGAUGCUCCGAAGAAUUUUAUAGAAAAUUUCUGCAGUAUUUGUGGUUUAAGUUUGGAAGCUGAGUUGAAGAAAGAGGAAGCUCAGAACAGACCAGCUGGUGCCAGUGUUCCUGCCUUAGGAUUGUCAAACAAGGCUGUAUACUCUGGAGAAGUAGAAAAAAUAAACAGAAACAUAGAGCAGCACCCUAAUGACCAGUACCCUGAAGUCUACUUUACACCAGUGGCUUUACAAACUCCUCCAACAGAAGAACAUUUACUACAGAAUACACUAUGGCCAGAAACACAGAAAUUAUAUGGACAUGGAUAUGAAAUAUUCGCUUUAGCAUGUGAUACUGCGGGCACAAUUUUGGCAUCUUCUUGUAAGGCAUCCAAAGUAGAUUUUGCAGGAGUGAUAUUAUGGGACACAACAACAUGGAAUCAGAUUUGCACCUUAGAAGGUCACACAUUGACCGUUACACAGAUGGCCUUCUCUCACAAUGGUAAUUACCUACUAACAGUGUCUAGAGACAGGACUUGGAUGUUAUAUAGGAAGAGGGAUGAAAAUAGUCUGAAUGAGCCGCUGUUUACUAGAAUAUCAGGGACAAAUAAAUCUAAUACAGCCCAUACCAGGAUUAUAUGGUCAUGUGCUUGGUCACAUGAUGAUAAAUAUUUCUUAACAGCAUCUAGAGAUAAAAAGGUAAUGGUAUGGUUAAGACCAGACCUAUCAUCAGGAGAUAUACCCUUAAAGCCACAGUCUGUAAUAGAUGUAGGGGAUGCAGCAACAGCCAUACAUCUACCACCUGUAGCUUGUUAUACAGAUAAAUAUUUGUUAGCUGUUGGAGUAGAAAAUGGUGAAAUACUUCUGUAUACAUGGAAACCAUCAGAUAACCAAGGUGAUUGGACACUGGUAACAAAACUAGAUCAACAAUUAUCUCACCAUUUGACAGUAAAGAAACUACGAUUCAGGCCUGUGAUAGACAAUAAGACAAUACAGUUAGCUAGCUGUAGUGCUGACCACAGUGUUAAAAUUUUCAAGAUAUGUCUGUAAUCUUAAUUAAAAUUAACAAAAUAAAAAUCUGAAACUAUUA